CUACCUCGGUCCGAGUUCGACCCGAACGUGGAGAUGGGGAGGCGUCACGGCGGCCGCGGCCGCGGAGGAGGCGGAGGCGAAGAGGAUGACCUGCAUCUGCACAAGGCCGCGCGGUCGGGCGAUUUGGCGGCGGUGGAGUCGCUCUGCGAGGCCAACCCUCUCGCCCUCAGCUCCAGAGAUCGCCUCUCCCGCACGCCACUCCAUUUGGCAGCAUGGGCUGGCCAUGUUGACGUUGUCAAGUGCCUUUGCAAGCACAAAGCUGAUGUCGGAGCUGCAGCAAUGGAUGACACUGCUGCAAUCCAUUUCGCCUCUCAGAAAGGCCAUGUAGAGGUUGUCCGUGAGCUUCUGGUAUCUGGUGCCUCUGUGAAAGCAAAGAACAGGAAAGGCUUCACGGCGUUGCAUUUUGCUUCGCAGAACUCCCACCUGGAGCUUGUGAAGUAUUUAGUGAAGAAAGGCGCAGACAUCACCCUGAAGACAAAAGGGGGGCAGACAGCUCUACAUGUUGCAGAGAAGGAUGAUGUUCGUGCUUUCCUGAAAGAAUGCGAGCUGUCAUUGAAGAAGGGAGGUGAGCUGCCAUCGGAGAAGAAGGAUGACUCCGCGUCGACGAUUGCUGAGAAGCCUGGCGAUGACGGAGCGGCCACAAAAGAUGGAGACGAGGUGGGGCUAGGCGAGAAGAGGAAAAAUGAUGGGAUUGCUGCUGGGUCAAGGUCGCCGGAACUGAAAAAGACCAAAGUUUCACUAGGGCAUCUAGUAAGUGCAAACGACCUGGACGAAGACGAAGAGGAAGAAGCUGACUAGAGUACUUGAGGAUGCAAGAAUGCAGUUGAUGAUCGUUUUGUCGAUCUAUCCUUUGUUCGUAUGGCAAACUGGGAUGUGGACAUAACUGUAAGAGUUAAUAGUUUGGAUGAUGCUCCAUCAACAUGAUGCUAA